AAUUAAUUAAAAAUAAACCUCCUCUCUCCUUCAUUUCUCACCCCUUUUCCCUCGCUUGGAUCCGAAGCCUCAAUUCCCUUAAAUCCUUAAUUUCAUUCCUCUUCACUUUAAUGGGUUAUUCAAUUCGAUUCAAAAUGAAUCGUGUUUGAUGAAUGCAGUGUUUUUUUUGACCUGACCCAUUACAAAGCCCAAAAGGUGUUUUGAGUUGCCGUGAUUUUUUCCCACCCGAUCCCCUUUUCGCCCCUCCAACCCUAACAGCUCGUCGCCGCAGCCGCCUCCGCGUCGCCAGCAUCUCCGACUCAUCGCUGCCCUCCGAGUAGCCGCCACCUCCGAUUCCGAGCAAGAUCCUAGUAUGUGGCAACUGAGCUUGUAGCUUAACGGGUACUGUAUAUUCGCCUAUGUUUGGAGUUACUUUGCCUGUAUCUACAAACAGACCAGUUAUUCGUCGGGCCGGUAGUAGACCUGUUAUCUCAGACCAGGAAUACAGUGAAUUUGUAAACGAGGAGGGGUUCUUGUUUCCUGCAGAGGUUGAUGAAAUGAAGAGUGUAACUAUGCCACUACAUAGUGCUGCAAUAUUGCCAUCUCCGAUUCUUUUAUGGAGACUAAAGGUUCUUCUAUUUAUUGUAUGGGGUGUCAGCUGUUGCAAGAUUAGCUGGGACUCUGUCAUGCGAAUGAGUGCAGACCUUCAGGAUUUAUUUCUUUAUGAGGCUUUUUUGUAUUAUAAUCCUCUUCUGCUUGUGACCAUGAUGGUUUGGCUUUGGGGAGUCAAUUUAUGGGUUUUUGCUCAAUCAACAGUGAAUUAUGCCAGAAUAUUUGACCUUGACCACACUCAUCUUACACACAAUGAAAUCUGGAAGUGUGCCACGUGGAUGACCAUCGUUGUCCCAACCAGUAUGACGGCUUACCUUUAUCUCUACUCACAUGGAGAAGUUUCUCUAGCUGCCUCACAACCAGUUAUCCUAUAUGCUGUUGUUUUGAUGCUUCUCAUAUUUCCUUUUGAUAUAUUUUAUUUGUCAUCUCGGUACUACUUUUUGAGGACCCUUUGGCGCAUUAUACUACCAUUACAGGCUAUAUCAUUUUCUGAUUUUUUCUUGGCUGAUAUCCUGACAUCAAUGUCCAAGGUGCUUUCAGAUUUGGAGCGUUCAGUUUGUCGGAUGGUGAACCGCCAGGUUGCAACAAUUGCAUGGUUUGAGGCUGAUUCCAUUUGUGGUAGUCAUUCUGUUGCAAUUCCUUUGGUUCUUGUUCUCCCCUAUUUAUGUCGGUUAUUUCAAUGCCUACGUCAGUACAGGGACACAAAGGAAAAAACGUCACUUUUGAAUGCUUUAAAGUAUUCAACAGCAGUUCCAGUUAUCCUUUUGUCAGCCCUCAAGUAUCACGUUUUCCCAGAAAAGUGGAUCAACUUUUAUCGCCCUCUUUGGCUUAUGUCGAGUGUUAUUAAUUCAUUAUAUUCAUUUUACUGGGAUCUGGCUCGUGAUUGGGACUUGAGUGUUUUCUCCCGAAUUUUCAAAUUCAAAAGUCCCCAUAUCUGCACGACGAUCUUUUAUGGGCGACAAUGGGUCUAUUAUUGGGUAAUAAGUAGUAACUUAAUCCUUAGAUGCACGUGGACUUAUAAACUCUCAGCCCAUCUUCGUCACAACUACAUUACCGUAUUCACAAUCACAGCUCUGGAGAUAUUCCGACGCUUCCAGUGGAUUUUCUUCCGUGUUGAGAAUGAAUGGAACAAGAUGACGGCCUUCAAGACAAGCGUGGAGCUUGCCAUGGAUGAGAUUGGUCCAAAGGAGGAUGAUAGAUUACUUGGAUCAUCAAACCAUGAGAUCUGAAUAAAAUUUUAUCAGCUAUUCUCUUUAUCAACUAUUUUGGAUGCUUGUGGUUUUCCAAGAUUUUGAGAUUUUGUUUAGCCUCAUUGUUUGCUACUAUACGAACCAAAAUUCUUGUUUCUUGUUAUACUUCCAUCAAUCAUAAUUUUUUUUUAAUUGACGAUCAAAAA